AUGUUUGUCCAAAAAUCAGGGCUUGAGUAUCUUCACAAUGGCUGCAAGCCUCCCAUUGUGCAAAGAGAUGUGAAGCCAGCUAACAUUCUAAUCAACGAGAAGAUCCAGGCCAAGAUUGCUGACUUUGGGCUAUCUAGAAGUGUUGCACUGGAUGGUAAUAACCAGGAUACAACUGCUGUUGCUGGAACUAUUGGUUAUCUUGAUCCCGAGUACCAUUCGACACAGAAAUUAAGCGAGAAGAGUGAUGUUUACAGCUUCGGGGUGGUUCUCUUAGAGGUUGUCACUGGCCAACCAGUGAUUGCACGUUCAAAAACAACAGCAGAGAACGUACAUAUAACUGACCGGGUGGAGUUGCUGCUAUCGACAGGAGAUAUCAGAGGCAUUAUGGAUCCAAAGCUAGGAGAGAGGUUUGAUGCUGGUUCGGCAUGGAAGAUCACUGAAGUAGCAAUGGCUUGUGCAUCUUCUAGUUCCAAGAAUAGACCAACUAUGAGUCAAGUAGUGGCUGAGCUGAAGGAGAGUGUAAGCAGAGCAAGAUCAGGUGAUGGUUCCGCUGCUAGUAGUGUUACAGAGCCGGCGAUGAUGAGUUUUGAUUCGGGAAUGUUUCCUCGAGCAAGGUAAAUGAUUGUUGAAUUUGAAUUUAUCUGUUUUAACUUAUUUCCAGAAACUUGGAAGUUCUGUGUGGUGUGGCGUGUAAUGAUGAAGAAGAAGAAUUAAGUUGUGACUUGUAUUUGCCGUGUAAGAUAAUUUAAGAACUUACAAGAAGUUAAAUGUUUCUAA